CUCCAGGCGCGGGGCGUGGGUUGCCAGGACCGGCGGCAGCGGCUGCGUGGGGUUCAGCCUCGGGGGCCUGGUGGCGGCGGCGGCCGGGGCGGCGCAGCGGCUGGUGCGCAGGAGUGUGUUUAAAGAACACAUAGGAAAGAUAAGAAGAGGGUAGAGAAGGUGCACUAAGGCAGGUGCACGAAUGCUGAAUGACUAUGAGCUUUCAGAACUUCUGGAGAGACUACAAAGUUCUGGCAGUUAUGGUACCUUUGGUUGUAUUCCUACAUUUUGGGUGGCACAGAAUCAAGAGCAGCCCUGUUUUCCAAAAUCCUAGGAAGGGCAACCUUUCUGAGCCAGACAGCCUGGCACUCACACAUCCUGAGAAGAACCACCUUCAAGGGAAAUAGCAGGCCUGCGAGCUUCAGAAGGAAGCAGCUUUGAAGCUGAACUUGAGAUUGAAAGAAGAGAUGAAAAACACAAGUUGGAUCAGAAAGAACUGGCUUCUUAUAGCUGGGGUUUCUUUCAUAGGUGUCCAUCUCUGAACGUAUUUUAUACAGAGGGCUGCAAAACAGUCUGUAAAAUCUCAGUCUGGAGUCAACCAAAGGAGUUUGAAUAAUGAAGUAAAAUAAAUAUUUGGAAUUACUAAUA